UAACGCAGGAGAAUCAUUCGAUACUAAAGCGGUGGCGUGAGCCCAGGAGACGUCACCAGUCCCCGCCUUCAAUUAUAAGAAUCAAUUGUUCGAUUUUUCUCUGCCCCAAAAAUCAGAAGAGAUAGUUGGAGGAUUAUCUGGCUGACACACGCACGGGACGCGCGGCCGUGUCGGCGACACCUUAACAUCUGGACAUCUCAGGCUGAAACAAAAACCCUCAUUGGGGGAUUUGUGUCAUUCAGUAGCUGCCCUAGUCAUUUUUUUUUAAACUGGAAACAGUCCAAGCGCUGUGAAGAAUGCGUCGCGCCUCGACCUGGAUCGGCUGGGCGCUGUGUUUGUGCGCAUCUUUGGCCGUGAGCGCGCAGAACUACCCCGAGGACGCCGCGAUGACCCUGGAUCUGAUCCGUGGGGACGGGGCUCAACCUGAAUCCGAGUUCCUCAGGUGCAACAAGGCGGCAUGGCGCGUGCCCGGUCAGUACCUGGUAAUACUGCAUCAGGGGACGCACGAGUCUCACGUCCAGAGGACCAUCGGGAGGCUGAGGGCCAAAGCGGACAGGAGAGGCUACCAGCUGCGGAUCCUGCAGACCUACUCUGGGGCUCUGCACGGCUUCCUGGUUAAGAUGAGCACUGACGUCCUCCAGCUGGCGGUGAAGCUCCCUCAUGUCCACUACAUAGAGGAGGACUCGUCCAUCUUUGCUCAGAGCGCCCCCUGGAACCUUCAGAGGUUACUGCAGCCUCAUGGUGGCGUCUCUGAAAAUGGAACAUAUCGACCUCCCAAUGAUGGAGGGAUGGCGGAGGUGUAUCUGAUGGAUGGCAGUGUUCAGAGCUCUCACAGAGAGGUCGGAGGACGAGUGCUCAUCACAGACUUCAACAACGUCCCCGAGGAGGAUGGAGUCAGAGUUCACAGACAGUCCAGCCAGUGUGACAGUCACGGCACGCACGUCGCUGGGGUUGUGAGUGGGUCGGACUCUGGUGUCGCCCGAGGCGCUGGUGUGAACCUGGUCCGUGUGCUCAACUGUCAGGGGAAAGGGACCGUGUCGGGAGCUCUGGCGGGUCUGGAGUAUAUCCGGGCAACUUUACUGGCCCGUCCGGUGCAGGCAGUGGUCGUUCUGCUGCCUUUCAUCGGCGGCUUCAGUCGUUCACUGAACGCGGCCUGUCGAGACAUGGUGGCUAACGGGGCUGUGGUGAUCGCCGCAGCGGGGAAUUACAGAGAGGAUGCCUGCCUCUACUCGCCUGCUUCAGAGCCUGAGGUCAUCACCGUAGGGGCGGUUAACGCAGCGGACCAGCUCAUGUCACAGGGAGCGGGUGGCACCAACGUGGGCCGCUGCGUGGAUCUGUUCGCGCCCGGCGAUGACAUCGUCGGCCCCAGCAGCGACUGCAGCACCUGUUUCACCACCAGAAGUGGAACCUCCCAAGCCGCGGCCCAUGCGGCCGGUGUGGCGGCGGUGAUCCUGUCGUCCAAUCCGGACACGUCACCGGUGCAGGUCCUGCAGAUGAUGCUGCAUCACUCCGUCAGCAACGCCGUCAACCUCCUCUCUCUGUCUGACACGCACCGGCUCACUACUCCAAACCUGGUAGCAGCCAUGCCCCCUGCCAACGGCACCGCAUAUGGGGAGCUUCUGUGUCGGACCGUGUGGUCAGAGAGGUCCGGGGUCGCGAGCACCGACAGCGCUGUCAGCCGCUGUCGUCAGGGGGAGGAGAUGAUGGGCUGCAGCGGCCACGCCCCCGACGGUGCUCGCGUGGGAGAAACCGUCACUAUGAACAGGGAGCAGAUGGAGUGUGUUGCCUAUAACGGCCCGGGGGGCAGAGGUGUGUACGCUGUGGCCCGCUGUUGUGUGACAGGCGGUCUGCGGUGCCAGCCCCAUGCUGGUCCUGAGCCCGGGCAAGACGCUGAGUGUGUCGGCCCCCAGCACCAGCUGACCGGGUGUACAUCUUGGUCCACCGCUGAGGUCUCGUCCAACUCCCGUCCACAUCUCGGAGAUCGAAAGCGCUGUGCCGGGAAGGACGGGGUAACGUCGCAUGCCGUGUGCUGCCAUGCUCCAUCUCUGGAGUGCCACCUGUUGGAGAACACAUUAGCCGAUAAAGACCAGGUCGAGGUGUCCUGUCCCUCCGGUUGGACUCUGACAGACUGUAGUGUCGUCCCUCAGGGCUCUGCUGUCUUGAGGCUCGUUGCCAAGGGCAACAGUUGCCGUGUCCGUGGCGCCACAGGAGCUGAUGGGGCAGUAGGCGUCGCUGUCUGCUGUCGUGUUAGACCACCAGAGCAGCCCGCCACAGAUCCUCAAUGAUCCGGUCUCACACCACAAUGAUGUCCUACACCUUGAAAGCAGCUUUGGCAUCUCUCUAGUACAGUGUUGUUGUCUUUCAUCAGCGUUGAUGUCCUCUAGACCCCUGUAUACACCUCAGCACCUAACAUUCACGUGUGACUGAAAGCACUUCUGUAAAGCUCUUGGUGAGUGUUUCAGUUGUGGGAUUAGGUCAAAAUAUGCUCCAGUACACUUAUUGUAUUAAUGCCUCAGACGUGAAAAUGUUGCCUCAUCUGGUACAACUUGUUAGCUAUUUUGAAACCAUAUACCAUACACAGUUUGUAAAUCUAGCCUAAUAUUUUUGUAUCUUUUUACAAAACGAGAAAAAAAAAAUGUAAGGAGCUUUCGUGAACAUGUUUUUUUAACAUAAUGGCCCAGUUGUAGCUAUCUGAUGUACUUUCUGCUGGCUUUUUAUAAACUGAUGAGCUGAGAUUAACUGGUUGCUAUGAAAAUUUUGAAUUGAUAAAAACUAUUAUAACCUGUCUUAAGACGUGGCACAUAAGACUGUAUGUAGAGAGCGAGGACGGCUCAGUCAGGCAGCAGCACAGCUCUGGGUGUCAGCCUGAUUGAUAAACCUUAAUACCUUGUGCUCACUUUGCUUUGCAUUUAGUUUGGAACAGCAGGUGCACACAAAACAAGUUAAACAGCUGACUUCACGGUGAACCUUCCAAUUUCCUGCUCGCAUAAAACACAUUUGUCUGUCCUGAGAACUGAACUGCAUUACCGUGGCAGUGGCUUUUCCACAGAUCUAAUCAAAAUAAAUGGACUGAAACAAUAGUCUGUGCCUUGACAGCCAAGCAGGCAUGCUGGGCUUCAAUCCUGGUUGUUUCUGAUUUGCACAGAUGGAUGACUUCAUUAUGGGGAGCACCGCGGGGAUAUUCAUCUAACACUGCCAGCUGUGGUGCACCGAUGAGUGGAAAGAAGUUUGAUUGUGACAGAAACCCUGAUAUCAUUAAAGCUACAUUGAUAUAUCCGAUUCAUGACAGAUGCCAUAUCAGUGAAUGGGUUGUUUUUUCACAAGAAUAUGAACAGGAAUUGUACAGGAAUUCCUCAGGUGGAGCUCAAUUGUGUGUCUUGUCUCAGUCCAAUCCAUACUCUGCAGAAUGAGGAGGGAUAAGGUACUGAGGGGAAACCUUGUGGCAGUCAACAUAUAAAAAGGUCCAAAUGAAAAUGAACAUGCACCAAUAUUAUUCAAGGCAUUAUGAAAUAAAGCAGUGAAUAAUGUGACAAUCUGCAAACAUAUAUAAAAAC